AUGGAGGGAUCUCGCCCAGCGACACCAGAAGCACCUCCAGAAAACCUAUGGUCGUCAAUAUUGGACUCAGUUUCCUCUUCACGGUCAAUCCCUUCCAAGCAAGUUCUGCUUCUAGGUCCUUCUUCGUCUGGCAAGUCCGUGCUUGCCUCAGCAUUGCUACAGAAACCGGUUUCUGAAGAGAGCAAAGACGAGACACGGUCAGAUUUCGCUCUUGGAUAUGAUUGGGCCGAUAUAAGAGAUGACGGCGACGAGGACACUUUGGCGCGUCUAUCGGUGUACACAGUACCUUCAGAUGCAAUAGCUUACACUUCUUUGAUACCACACUUUCUUCCUCCUCGGGUAUCGUUGCCUCACACCCUUGUAAUGGUUGUUUUGGAUUGGACGCGCCCUUGGACAUUUGUAGAUAAUCUUCAGACGUGGCUCAAGUGGGUAGAGAUGUGGGCGAAGGGUGAUGGAUCCCGGGAUCUCGACAUCGUUCGCGAAGAGAAUCACGAAAGACUGCAACAUCAUUUACAGCAUUAUACUGAACCCUCCGUCGAUGCAGUCCCUGCCACCUCUAAUAUUUCCUCAAAUACAGUCCUACCGCUCGGCCCUGGCACGCUGACUCAUAAUUCUGCUGGUGUGCCAAUUAUUGUUGUCUGCACCAAAUCAGACCUAAUAGACGAGGGAAAUGAUCUCGUGGGUGCCAGCAGUUCCGGCAUGGGUGGCAUGGUAAAAGGUAAAGGUGGUGAGUGGGAGGAACGCACAGAUGGCGUGAUGCAGGUUCUCCGAACGAUUUGUUUAAAAUAUGGAGCAUCGUUAUUUUAUACUACGCAGCAACCUAGCACGUUACAGGUGCUGAGGCAAUAUGUCCUACACCUCUUAUUUAUCCCCCUGGCACCGUCCCCCAUGGCAUCGGGAUCCGAGGCUCCGGCUCCCCUGCGCAAUCCAUUCGUCUUUCAUUAUAAGCCAAAUACAUUAGACCGCGAUCGCAUCGUCGUUCCUGCUGGUUGGGAUAGUUGGGGCAAGAUUAGCGUCCUUCGAGAAGGGUUUGAGGCGAAGGUUUGGGGCGAAGCUUGGGAAGCAGACCUUGAUGCCGACGUGGUGGAGUCCGAGGAUCAUUCAGGUGCAAGAAAAAUGUAUAAGAUGCUAGUACCUGAUCAAGGCGCAAAGCCACCCCCUUUACCUCCGUUUAAUGACCCCAUGGCAGAGCAGGCAUUCCUCGCGAAGCAUUAUGACGAAAACGCCAAAAAGCCAGACCGGGAUCCCCGUGGCGCUUUCCGAAAUCCCACGGAUACGGCUGCAGCCGGUAUUGUUGGGCCAUUGGGGAGCAGCAGUUUCAAUCUUCCAACCGUUGAGCGUGCCCUCAGCGAGAUGGAGGCUGGAAUGGGAAUGGCCAGCUCACUCAAUGCCAGCACGACCGCCGAUGGAGCGCGCAGAUCGCAAAGAGCUGCAACGGGAGCAAACGUGACCACCCACGUCGGACGACCACCAAGCUCACCGACCAUCGGAACUUCGCCUAGUUCUACUGGAGGACAAACUCAACAUGAAGUUUUGCAAAACUUCUUCCAAAGUUUGCUCAGUUCACGGGAUCGCGGUGGCGCCAGCGCAACAGCUAAGAGCAUGAGCCCAAAAACAAAUGGCAAUACUAGUGGCACAGACGAUACGAGCUGA